AUGCCUUCAUCACGCCUCUUUUUCGUGUUCGCUCUUCUGGCAGCCCUCGCGCUCGCCGCACCAUCGCAAGUUCGCAGAAACGGUCUCGCGAAACGCUCCUUCAAGGUCCCACGCCAGUUGAACAAGGCUCACCCGACUGGACCCAAUGGCGCUGCUGCUAUGAGGAAGGUGUUCAGGAAGUACAACUUCGUUGUCAAGGAGGACUUCGCAGGAUACAACAGGCAGGCAGCUACCAACUCGACUGGCGGUAAACAGACCGGAACCGUUGCCGCCAACCCUGGGAACAACGCUGCUCUUUUCCUUUCUCCUGUCAAUGUUGGUGGUCAGAUGCUGAACUUGGACUUUGACUCUGGCUCCUCUGAUCUGUGGAUGUUCAGCACUGAGCUUGGUGCUGCGACCAUCGGUCAGCACUCAGCCUUCGAUGCCUCCAAAUCGACUACCUUCAAGAAUACCACGGGUUCUGCGUGGAAGAUCUCCUACGGUGACGGCUCUGGUGCUUCUGGAACCGUUGGCACAGACACUGUUACUAUCGGUGGAGUAAAGGUUGUAGGCCAGACCGUUGAGUUGGCCAAUGCGGUCUCGCAGUCUUUCGUCCAAGACACCAAUACCGAUGGUCUCGUUGGUCUUGCUUUCUCCAAGCUCAAUACUGUCAACGACGGUACCAAGAAGACUCCCCAGAAGACCUUCUUCGACAACGUCAUGCCCGACCUCCCCAUGCCCGUCUUCACUGCCGACCUUAACCCCGAUGGCACCGGCGUUUACGAGUUUGGCAAAAUCGACUCUACCAAGUUCACGGGCCAGAUGGCUUGGAUUCCUGUCAAGGCUGAGACCGGUUUCUGGCAAUUUCCCUCCACCAAGUUCGCGGUUGGUGAUCAGGUCGUGCAGAACCCAACGGGCUCUGACGCCAUUGCCGACACUGGCACAUCUCUGCUCCUCGUCGACCAGAAGGUCGCUGAAGCGUACUACUCCAAGGUCCAAGGCGCCCAGCUCAACGCUCAGGUCGGUGGCUUCAUCUACCCAUGUGCUUCUAAGCUCCCCGACAUGUCCGUUGCUAUCGGCGACACCUACAUGGCCAAGAUCCCCGGAAACCAGAUCACCUUCGCCACCGUCGACAAGGCCAACACCACCUGCUUCGGCGGCGUGCAGGGCAACCAGGGCGCCGGCCUCCAGAUCUACGGCGACGUCAUGUUCAGGUCCCAGCUUGUUGCUUUCAACGGCGGCAACCAGUCGCUCGGCUUCGGCCAGAAGCCUACCAAGUAG